AUAUUUCUCAUUGUUGUUUUCAAAACCCUAAUCAGACUUUCACUAACCCUAAUUCUUCCUGUCCAUGGCGCAGAAGCAGAAGCGUCCUUCCCCUCUGGAUGAGCCACCCACGGCUUCUUCUUCAGAUUCCGAGGAAGAAGAAACGCAAAAACCAUCUUCUCUGCGGCAUGGAAACGAAGAGGAAGAAGCUUCGUCGGGAGAAGAUGAAGAAUCCUCUGGAGAAGAGGCAGAAGAUGACGAUCUUCCACCACCCAUCACCAAAACCAACCCUCCACCCGCUCCCACGAACCCUCAUCCCGAAUCCGCAUCUUCUGAUUCCGAAACAGAAUCCGAAUCAGAGACCGAGUCGGAAACUGAAUCCCCUCCUGCGAAGGCGGUAAAGCCUCUCGCGACAAAGCCCAUGGACCAGGCCCAAAAGCCCAAGGCCCUACCUUCUCCGGCGCCACCCAAACCGGCUGUGAAACGCGCCGCCGAGAACAGCAACGCCCACGUCGCGAAGAAAAAGAAGAAAUCCGGCGAUUCUUCUUCUUCCCCUGCCGCUUCCGACGAAGAGAUGGAGGAAGGGAAGAAGUCCGGCGAUCAAAUGAAGAAGUUUCAGAGGCUGUGGAGCGAGGAGGACGAACUCGCCAUUCUCAAGGGCUUGGCCGAGUUCACCUCCAAAACAGGGAACGACCCUCUUAAGUUUGCGGGUGGCAAUGCUUUCCAUGAUUUCUUGAAGAAGUCGCUGCAUGUGGAAGUUACCAGCAACCAGCUGAAGGAGAAGGCUCGGAGACUAAAGAAGAAGUAUGAGAUCGCUGCAGUGAGAGGGAAUAGCGCUGAUGGCCUUAUAUUUGCAAAGCCGCACGAUCAGAAAACGUUUGAAUUGUCGAAAAAGGUUUGGGGAAGUGAGCAAGAUGGUGGAGUGGCCAAUGGGGCAGUGGAAAAGCCCAAGGCUAACGGGAAUGCUGCUAAGAGUCCGAAGAAGAAGGAAACCGGUAGCAGGAAUGUGGCUUCUGCCAAGAAAACUAAACCUGAACCGAAACAGGAGACGGUGCCAGCGACGCGCAUGGAGUUCAAGGAAUCUGAAAAGAUGCAUAUCGAUCAAAAGACUGUUAAUUGUGAAGUGAGUAUGUUUUUGCAUGCAUUGUCCCACUUUAAAGAGGGUCUGGGUGUUUGUGGGUUGGACGAGGAGGAUGUGAAGAAGGGGUUGGAAUUGAUUGGUGAAUCGAAGAGGACAGAGUUGAGGGCAAAGUGGAAGAAAUUACAACGUACUGAAUUGGAACUUUUUGCUAAUCGCUCAGAACUGAUUGGGGAGCAAACUAAAUUGAUAGUUGAGGCACUUCGGUCGUCCAACCAUUAGGAUUCUCAAUGUUGUUUGCUGUCUGUUUUUGGUACUGUGUCACAUGUUCUGAGGAUCUAUCUCCUACGCAUUAUAAUUUUGUGACUAUGGUAUAGUCUUGAUUCGGUAGUAUAGUAUGUUGUUUAGUUAUUGGCUAUAUGAAAGUGUUCUUCUAAAGUUCUUUGCA